AAUCUAGUAAAUAUCAUAUGCCAGAACAAAAUAUUACAUCGGAGAAUGAAGAAAAGCAGGACGAGGACGAAGAAUCAACAACAAUUGAAAGGAAUGAGGAAGAAAAUUCUAUAGCUAGUGAUUCGGAGAAUUAUUUGAAAGAAGUGAUAGAAUCAAUGGUUGGUAAAUUAGAAAGAACUCCGUUGACAGUAGACGACAUUGACAUGGAGAAGAUUUUCAUAGAUUACCAUAAUCAAUGUAACAACAUUUUUAAUCUAUGUCAUAGCGACAUUAUGGAUAUGAGACCUACUUCACACUUCACAAAUGAAAUUGCAGAAGAAUCUUGGAACAAAUUUGUGCUAAAUACAUACCCCAAACAUAAUCUACCCAAGGAUUGGGAAAGUUUUAUACGAGACUUCUUCAAGUCAAAGGAUAGUCUAAAAGAAUGGACAAAGGUUUGGCGUGAACUCUAUAGUGAAGAAACCAACAAAAAAAACAAAGAUCUCAAAGACCUGAUAGAUGCAAUCUACAAUAUCCUUGGGACAUAUAUCAAAGCUUUUGAAGCACCGCACAACAUACUAAAGUCGGGUGACCUUCGAGAAAAUCAGUACAAUGCACAGUUUAUAAGUCUGAUAUUAGAGAAUACACUGAAGACUAUAUGUAACAUCGACUGGAGAAUUCUUGAAGUCCUGGUAGAAAGUAGCAAAGAUCGUUGUAAUGCAAACAUAAAUCCAACCGUUGAUAAAGUUUUAGAAGCAAAGUGUGCAGAUGGGCUUGCUCGUCUCUGGCGAAGCCAUGAAGAAGUGUUCCUAUAUGAACAGACAGGACCUCCGGACUUUGAUGAUAUUACUCAAUUACACAUUCACGAUUAUAAAUUGGUCAGAACAAUGCGAGAUGUGUUAAACCAACGAAUAAUUCUUCGCUUUAAAGACGGAAUAUAUGAUCACAAAGACCUUGCAAGUUUCAGUGCUUUUGGCCAUCGCACUGAAGUGUCUUUGUUUUGGUUAACAAUACACCAGAAGUCAUAUUGUCUUCGUGAAUAUGGAACUUUCAAGAUCCCUGCAAUUUGGCAGGAUAUCCCCGUUCUUUGCGAAGCAAUUAUAACAUGUCUUAAAUUUUUUGUGAGUAUAACAAAGUUUUGUCCAUUUAUUCACUGCUUUUUACUAACACUGGUUUAUGCUCAGUCUUUCAUGAAAGAAAAUAUUGAAAAGAGAAGUCCAUACAUUGAACAAAAACAAAAGUUGCUUACAAAGCGAAAAGUACAUACAAUAAAACAGAACCAAUCGACACCGAAUCAACCUAAAAAGCAAAAGAUUUCAAAAUGA